AUGAAUCGAGACUAUUCACAGUCGAGUAAACAUUUUGUUCCGUUAACUUCCAAAACGAAAUUUUCGGAAUUGGCUAAACACACUACAACAGCAGGGAGAACAUUUUCGGCUGAAUCAAUAGCUGAUAGUGGCUAUGCCGAAGACAGAGAAACGAGAUUGUUUUUGGAGACUGAACCGGUAGUUCCGGUAUUACCGAAAAUGCCGGAUAUAAGUAAAUACUUGAAUAGGGGCAAAACCGUCAGAUGUGGCAACACUUUAAACAACCGCAGUACUAUCAUUAAAAAUUAUAUGAACGAAUGUGCUGUGACGCAAAAGAUAGACGUGAUGAUGACCAGAACGUCUUUGCCGCCAGAACGGAUUGAGGUGAUCAAAAUGCCUCAGAGUUAUUAUCACAAACAGUUGAAGGCGUUCGCGGACGCGAUGGACCCCACGCCCAUUCACCAAUCGUGGAUAGAACAUAUUACGGAAAAAUCCAGAACGGUUUGUUGGAAGCGAACCAAAGUGUCGGAUGCCAUGUUGGAUGAAGUUAAAACUGAGUAUGCCAAAGUGAUGAGAAAAUUGCAAAGCGACGGUAUUGUCAAACCGAUUCCGAGUCCGUACCGUUCACCGGCGGAAGAACCACAGGAAACCCCGAUAACUAAUAAAGCGUAA